ACUUGUUCCGGGCAGCAGAAGAAGAAGCAUGGCCUCGGCUAACCUUAGCUAGCUCACUGCUGAGUGCCACAAAAUGUCUCUCUUUGAUUUCUCUCUCUGAAUUUUAAAGCCUCGUGUGACCUGCAGCCUUUAAAGGAAUUCUUCUCCCUCCGGUGCACAGGCCCAGGCGGGAAUAUUGACCCGCACGAGGGAUUCGGAGAGUACUUGCAGGAGCAGCGGGGAACCGGGGUCGCGUCUCUGCGGCCAGCUGUCCGUCAAGUAGACGUCAGUGAGGAUUGUUGGGAAACUGCAGCCAUGGCAGCUCCUGUAAACAUCCAGACUCCCAGUAAGACCUGGGAGCUGAGCUUGUACGAGCUGCACAGGAGCCCUCAGGAGGCGAUCAUGGAUGGCACAGAGGUGGCCGUGUCUCCCCGCUCUCUGCACAGCGAACUGAUGUGUCCCAUCUGUCUGGACAUGCUGAAGAACACCAUGACCACCAAAGAGUGUCUGCACCGCUUCUGCUCUGACUGUAUCGUCACCGCUCUGCGAUCAGGGAACAAAGAGUGUCCGACCUGCAGGAAGAAGCUGGUCUCCAGGCGUUCGCUCCGCAGAGACUCAAACUUUGAUGCGUUGAUCUCAAAGAUUUACCCAAGCCGCGAUGAAUACGAGGCCCACCAGCGCCGAGUCCUGGAGCGGCUUAACAGGAUGCACAACAAGGAGGCGCUGAGCUCCAGUAUUGAGGAGGGGCUGCGUCAGCAGGCUCGCUACAGGUCUGAGAGGAACCACCGAGUGAAGAAGCCGACUCAAGAAAGUGACAACACCACCUUCAGCGGUGGGGAGGAUAACGUUGAUGUUCGUUCACAUCUGUCUCACGACUCCACCCCCCACCCUCGCUGUCAGACUCCUUCAGAGGCCGGGCCAAGCCGCAAGAGACCACGAGCGUCAGACGACGGCUCGGGGGCAGAGGCAGACAGUGGGAGCCCGACGCCUCCUCUGAGACGCCUCAAAGAGGGACUGGCCUCAGAAAUCGAGCUGGUGUUCAGACCACACCCACAACUGGUCAACUCGCAGGACUACAACCAGACCAGAUACGUAAAAACAACAGCCAACGCUACCGUGGACCAUCUCUCUAAAUACCUCGCGCUGCGUAUUGCCUUGGAGGACCGAGGACAAGAGGAGGGAGGAAAAGCAGAGGAAAGAGAGGGAGAGAGUGGAGGGACAGCAGGAGGUGGGGAGGGGUCGAGCCUGAGCAACGUCAGUGAGAAGCAGUACACCAUCUACAUCAUGACAAGAGGAGGGCAGUUCUCAACGCUGAACGGGUCCCUGACCCUGGAGUUGGUCAAUGAGAAGUACUGGAAGGUCCGGAAGCCUCUGGAGCUUUACUACGCUCCCACUAAAGACCAACAACAGCCACAACAACCCCCCGAACCGAAGUCUCCUCCUUCCAUUUAAACAUCUUUUCUGAGUAAGAGGUUACAGUCAGCAUGUGUUAUAGUGAGCUGGUGGUAAGAUGCUCUUAUUUAAUCUGUACAAUGAACAGCUCAUUUAGAAGGAGGGUUCAGCAAAACCAUGCAAAUGGAAUUACAGAAUUGUCAUUUCUCAAUUUUUCAAAGCUGUAGGAGAAAUGUAUGGUCUUUAGAGUCACUGGUCGAGGGUUCUGGACACAUGGCUCACUUUAGAGACUAUAUGACCUACUUCGCUGUAGAACCUCCACCUAUCUCAGCUACGGCUUCAUAUGUGAAAUAUUUUGGAACCAGAGCCAAAAUCAAAACCAGUUUCACUUAAGAGUAAUUAGAACAAGUUCUCUGUUCCCCUAUUAUUUAUUUGUAACACAGAAGCCAUAUAAAAAGCCAUAAAUAAAUAGUAAUUGUCAAAUGUACUAAUUGAGCAUCUAUGGAAACUUAUUUCCACCGAGAAGAGAGAAGGAUUCUAAUGGAGCAAAAUAACCCGACUGUUACAAAAUGAAAUGUUGUCUAGUGACAUUGACAUUCUCCAUGUCAGCAUUGGAGAGAAUUGAAAAGUGAGAUGUUCACAGCAGGACUAGGCUCCAUGUAUAAGAUGGUAUAUUUUAGUUUCUACACAAACCACUCUGUCAUGGCUUCGGGACUCAACAGAACCAUUUGUUAAAUAGUAAGUUACAGCAUUAGUUUCAAUGUUUAGCUCCAGAAGCAGCAGGUUUGUGCAUAAGAACCAUUUCAGGCUUAUUUGCUCCACUUAAUAUAUUUCAAGUCCAAACUUCCCAUGUCAAUGUUUUGCAGCACCAGCUCAUCUUUGUACAAGCAACUAACCAACAUGCAUGAAAAUCAUCUUUAAAAGCCAUGAACCUAAAUGUCAGCCAGCGUUUGCUUCACCUGUGUUAUGCACUCUGUUUUACCUCAACUUUAAAAUAUUUGUAGAUCUAGAAAGUCACAUUUUCCCUCCAGCUCUUGUAUAAUUACUCUGUACCCAUCUGUCAGUGCAGCACAAUAAACCAAAUUGAUGCAG